AUGGCCAACUUAAAUCUAUUUAGGAGAAAGCAAUUUACUCCAAUUGAAACUGUUAGAUUAUACAUUAAAAAUAUAGUGAAUACUUCAAAUCAACUGAAUGGGUAUAAAUGGGUCCAUUUAAAGUGCAUCAGACAAGUUUUUACAGUAACACAGGAAACCAUUCGUCAUCUACUGCUUGAAGUUGAUCCAGAAGGAGUAGUAUUCACAUCAAAAAAAAGAUUGAGAAGACGAGUAUAUAGUAACCCAGGACCAAAUUAUUUAUGGCACACUGAUGUUUAUGACAAGUUGACUCCAUACGGAAUUUCAAUUAGUGGCUGCAUUGAUGGUUUUUCUAGGUAUAUAGUUUGGCUACAUGCCGCAUCAUCUUGCAGUAAUCCAAACAUUAUCGCUGGGUUUUAUGUUUAUACCGUUGAAAUGUUAAGUGGAUGUCCUCAAACAUUAAGAUUUGAUGCAGGAUCAGAAAACACAAUCAUCCAACACCUUCAAACAUUCCUUCAUCAAAACAAUCCAUCUGAAAAGCCAUGGGUUUUGAUUUUAAAAAGCACUGAAAAUCAACGAAUCGAAGCUUGGUGGGGAAUUUUAAGAAAGCAUCAAAGUCAGUUUUGGAUAAAUUUAUUUCAAAAACUCAAAGAAGAUGGUCAUUUUACAGGUUCAUGGCUAGACAAAAAUCUAAUAAGAUUUGUAUUUCUAGACAUUAUUAAGACUGAAUUAGAAGAAAUAAAAACUGAAUGGAAUUCACAUAAAAUACGGGGGGAAAAGGGCAACUUAAAUCUAUUUAGGAGAAAACAAUUUACUCCAAUUGAAACUGUUAGGUUAUAUGUACAUUAA